AUGCUGAGGCAAGGCUUUCGCCACUGUGCUGGCCUCACCAGCGCCGUUACACGGUCCGCGUUCUUUCACAGCCGGACGGCCAUCCCCAUUGCACCGAGAGGUGUCGUGUCUUUGGCGCGGACUCCUGCUACCUUCAAGAGCAUCGCAUACUCUUCGAGAUUCUACAGCGCAGAAGCUGCAGCUGUUGAAACCAAGCCCAUCGAGGGGACUGUCCCGAGCGACGUUGUCAACUUUGCCGACCUGUCGCAGGCUGGAGUUCAUAGAAAUCUCCUAGACGCUAUUACGAAGGAUAUGCGAUAUGAGGCUAUGACACCCGUUCAGUCCAAAACUAUUAAUCCGGCACUAAAGGGAACAGAUAUUGUUGCCCAGGCCAAGACAGGAACUGGAAAGACCUUGGCUUUCCUUCUGCCGUUGCUCCAGCGUAUGAUCGAAGAAGACCCAACUCUGGCUACUAGACGUGCCUCGAGAAAUGCCCGAUCGGAUGAUAUUCGCGGCAUUGUUUUAUCGCCGACCCGAGAGCUCGCCGAGCAAAUUGCAGCCGAAGCUCGUCGUUUGACAAAGUACACUGGCCUUGUCGUCCAGUCGGCAGUUGGAGGCACUCACAAGGGUUCUAUGCUGCGCCAGACGCAGCGCCAAGGAUGCCAUUUGUUGGUCGCUACGCCAGGCCGCCUGAAUGAUUUGCUGCAGGAUCCUCAAAGUGGUAUUGAGGCACCAAAUUUGGCGGCUCUUGUUCUGGAUGAAGCGGACCGCAUGCUCGAUGUUGGCUUCGAAAAAGAACUUGGGGAGAUCACAAGCUGCCUCCCAAGUCGGAACGAAAAAACUCGCCAAACCAUGUUGGUUUCGGCUACCAUACCGGACGAUGUCAUUAGACUUGCCCGUACAAUGGUUCGAGCCGAUGAUUUCGAGUUUGUCCAGACCAUCUCAGAGAACGAGUCGCUUACCCACGACCGAGUACCACAGCAUGUCGUGCCACUGGCUUCAUGGAACAAUGUUUUCCCCAGCUUGUUUGAACUAAUCGACCGAGAAUCUGCCAAGGCGGCUGAGGAUCGCAGCCUGCCCCCAUUCAAGGCCAUUGUUUAUUUCAAUACCACCUCCCUCGUUGAAAUGGGUGCCGAGCUUGGCUUUCAACGAAGACGAAAUGGACUUAUGAAAACUCCCACUUUCUCUAUACAAUCUCAACUCACCCAAAACCAGCGGACAAAGGCUGCUGAUAUGUUCCGACAUGCGAGAAGUGGUGUUUUAUUUUCAUCUGAUGUCACUGCUCGUGGAAUGGACUUCCCCAACGUAACACAUGUUAUCCAAGUUGACACUCCUCGCGAUCGUGAGUCGUAUAUCCAUCGACUAGGUCGUACAGCUCGACAAAAUAAGGGCGGCGAAGGCUGGCUUCUUCUCCCACCAACAUCGAUGGGUAGCGCAAGGAAGCUCCUGCGCGGUCUCCCUCUGCAGCCGAACAAAACUCUAGAGAGUUUCACCUUUGAUGCGGAGGAAGGUGCCGAGAAACUACCCAAGUACCACCAGGAGGCUCAAGAUCUCACUCAGUCUCUCCCACGAAAGAUGCUCAGUUCCGCUUAUACCUCAAUCUUUGGGAAUUCAACUCAACAACGGGAAGAGCUGGUUGAAGAUCUGAAUCUGUGGACUACCGUUGGAUGGGGCUGGAGCGAGCCGCCACCCGUUUCACAUGCAUGGGCUCGUAACCAAGGCCUCCUUCAUUCUGAAUUGAACAUCCAGGAUAGGGCUACGCGCCAAGAUGACCGAUCUGGACGCAGGGAAGGCAGGGGGCCUCGUCGCUUCGAUGAUCAUGCAUCAGCUGACCCUUUCGCUGACAUGGGACGUCGUGUCCGGCGAGAUGACAAGGGAUUCGGUCGCAGUAACCGCGGUAACUCUCAUAGGGGAUCAAGAGGCUUCCGGGGGUCCAGAGAGUCCAGAGAGUCUAGGGAAUCCUCUUUCUAG